AACCUUGACACUUCAAUCAUAUUCCAUAAGAAAGAAAAAAAUGUAUCUAAGAACCCCAAUAGAUCGUGUACUAUUUUCCCCAUCAAAUCCACAAUUUUCAAGAACUCAAAAAGUGUCUUUUAGAGUAAACUCAAAACUUAACAACAAUGUGAUAGAAAUUAGUGAAUCAAAAAGCUUUUAUGAGCUUUUGGGUAUUCAAGAAACUGUUUCUUUAUUAGAAAUUAAACAAGCGUACAAACAAUUAGCAAGAAAGUACCACCCAGAUGUUUCACCUCCGGGUCGGGUCGAAGAAAAUACCCAAAGGUUUAUUCGGGUUCAAGAAGCUUAUGAAACAUUAUCGGAUCCUAAAUCAAGAGAUAUGUAUGAUAAACAUAUGUCUAAAGGACUUCAUUUUGCAUUUUCUCCUCGUAAGAAGUGCCAAAAUGAUGAGUCAAUGGAGAACACCGGUGAAUGGAAGAAUAGAUGGCAUUCUCAGCUAUCGGAGUUGACAAGAAGAAACACACAUAAGGACUCUGGUAACAAUAUGUCAUGGGGUGCACGUAUGCGUAGACAAAGGAGUGAAACAUCGUUAUAACGAAUUAUAUAGUUUUUAUAUAUUGCUUGUAUAUUAGAUAUAUAAUUUGAAGUGUUUGGUUAAGCAUUGAUGUUAUAAGUAGUGUAACAUCUAUGUAAGUGCUGACCAAAAUAUAGGUAACUGUUUGUACAUAAGAGUUAUUUGAAUCAAGUUGUUAUUUUUAACCA